AUGUGUUUGUAGUAUGAACAAAGUCCAAAGAUGAUCGAGAUAAUGCAACUUGGAAAACGGAAACAUAAUUGUUGAUUAUUAGCAUAGACGUUGCAGCCAAUAUGAAGUCCCUUCACAAUCCAGUCCAAGGGCCAGUCCAAGGGCACCGUCCAUAUCUACGUGUUCCUUGAAAUGAUAUGAAAGAAGACACGCUUGAUUCGAAGAAUCUAAAACCCAACCAGGCCACCAACAACGACUGGUGCGUGAUCAGAUUGCAGUACAAUAUAGGGCAUCAAGUUAGAUCAAAACGAAACCAGAUCUGCACAAUCCAUUUUCAAACAGCACUAGCUUGCAUCUCAAUAUCAACAGAAUAUUCAAGUCGUCAUCAACAACAAAAAUACGAACCCUCGCUAAUAAUAGGGGAGCGGGACCCAGCCGAAAAUGGGCGGAUAUGAUCCGAAGUUUCCUCCCAACGAAUUGAAUACGAACCCAACACAAAUCUCCUCUCCAUCGAUGCAAUCAUCAAAACCCAAUCCCGAUUUCCAUAUUAAGAAUCUCCCAAACACGAGCCCACGUAAUCACAAUCUAUUGCCCAAACCAUCGUAUCUGCAAACACCUCCAUCAUCCCACUAACCACACAAGCCGAUUAUUUCCUCAGACGCGAUUCUAGAACACAAAACAGCCAACAAAGUGACUUGGAGAAGCAAACCAAACGCUGCUACCUAAGCACACAAUUGAUGACUCUACAUGCAUGAUAAUCUCAAUUCAUCAUACGUUCACUCUAUUAACAUGACAUGUCACUUUAUCUUCCCCAAACCUUCCGAAUCCUCGGAUCCUCGUCGGCAUCUUGCUUGGGGAUCCUGGUGCUUGCAUCCCGAUUUUAAUCAAAUGAAUAAUUCAAAAUAAAUAAAAUCUUUAAUAAUAUUUUUCUGAAUGAGCUUCUGCCCCCCCCCUGGUAACAAGCAAGGACCUGCCCUAUUCCAGGGAAAGAAGGAAGAGAAAUUCUCGGGACAGGAAUUUCGAUUUAGAGGUGAGGAUGAUCUGACGUCCAAACCCCACUU